UAAUAUUUGUUUUACAGCUUGUGAAUCCGGGUGAAGAUCUGAACAAUAUUAAUCCUACAGAGACAUAUGUGAGGGGUGAUGAGCAGAGUAUAGAGGACAUUCCUACAGAUAACCGCCCAGAUGAAUGCACCAGGAGCUUAGAGGGACAUGGGAUAUCUUCACAACAUACUAUGGCUCAAGAUGUAUAUGAACAGCACGUCAUUAUCCCAGAUGUAUCCUCAGACUUUCAUAGCAAAGAUCCAUCAUCUGAUUCUUUUCAAUGGAUCCGAUCUUCUGAUUUAUCACAGAUUGUUAAGCAAAACAAAGAACACAGAAGGGGUGAACAUCAAAGGCAGGAGAAGCAAUUUUCAUGUUCAGAAUGUGGGAAAUGUUUUCAACGGAAAUCAAAUUUUGUUAGACAUCUGAGAACUCACACAGGUGAGAAGCCAUUUUCAUGCUCAGAAUGCAAGAAAUGUUUUAUUGCUAAAUCAGAUCUUGUUAAACAUCAGAGAAUUCACACAGGGGAGAAACCAUUUUCAUGUUCAGAAUGCGGGAAAUAUUUUACCCAGAAGCAAGAGGUUGUUUUACAUCAGAGAAUUCACACAGGGGAGAAGCCAUUUUCAUGCUCAGAAUGCGAAAAAUGUUUUAAUCAUAAAGCAAAUCUUGUUAGACAUCUGAGAAUUCACACAGGCGAGAAGCCAUUUUCCUGCUCAGAAUGUGAGAAAUGUUUUAAUGCUAAAUCAGAUCUUGUUAAACAUCAAAGAAUUCACACAGGGGAGAAGCCAUUUUCAUGUUCAGAAUGUGGGAAAUAUUUUACCCAGAAGAAUGAAGUUGUUUUACAUCAGAUAACUCACACAGGGGAGAAGCCAUUUUCAUGCUCAGAAUGCGGGAAAUGUUUUAUCAAGAAGCACGAACUUGUUGUGCAUCAGAUAACUCACACAGGGGAGAAGCCAUUUUCAUGCUCAGAAUGCAAGAAAUGUUUUAAUCAAAAAUCACAUCUUGUUACACAUCAGAGAAUGCACACAGGGGAGAAGCCAUUUUCAUGUUCAGAAUGCAGGAAAUGUUUUUCCCAGAAGCACGCACUUGUUGUACAUCAGAGAACUCACACAGGGGAGAAGCCAUUUUCAUGCUCAAAAUGCGAAAAAUAUUUUAAUAAUAAAUCACAUCUUGUUAGACAUCAGAGAAUUCACACAAGGGAGAAGCCUGACACUGGUGAGAAGCCAUUUUCAUGCUCAGAAUGCGAGAAAUGUUUUAAUGCUAAAUCAGAUCUUGUUAAACAUCAGAGAAUUCACACAGGGGAGAAGCCAUUUUCAUGUUCAAAAUGCGUGAAAUAUUUUACCCAGAAGCAAGAGGUUGUUUUGCAUCAGAGAAUUCACACAGGGGAGAAGCCAUUUUCAUGCUCAGAAUGCGAGAAAUGUUUUAAUCAUAAAGCAAAUCUUGUUAGACAUCUGAGAACUCACACAGGGGAAAAGCCAUUUUCAUGCUCAGAAUGCGAGAAAUGUUUUAAUGCUAAAUCAGAUCUUGUUAAACAUCAAAGAAUUCACACAGGGGAGAAGCCAUUUUCAUGUUCAGAAUGUGGGAAAUAUUUUACCCAGAAGCAAGGAGUUGUUUUACAUCAGAUAACUCACACAGGGGAGAAGCCAUUUUCAUGCUCAGAAUGCGGGAAAUGUUUUAUCCAGAAGCACAAACUUGUUGUACAUCAGAAAACUCACACAAGGGAGAAGCCAUUUUCAUGCUCAGAAUGCGAGAAAUGUUUUAAACAAAAAUCACAUCUUGUUACACAUCAGAGAAUUCACACAGGGGAGAAGCCAUUUUCAUGUUCAGAAUGUAGGAAAUGUUUUAUCCAGAAGCACACACUUGUUGUACAUCGGAAAACUCACACAGGGGAGAAGCCAUUUUCAUGCUCAGAAUGUGAGAAAUGUUUUAAUAAUAAAUCACAUCUUGUUAGACAUCAGAGAAUUCACACAGGGGAGAAGCCAUUUUCAUGCUUGGAACGUGGGAAAUGGAAAUGUCUUGGUUAUUAUCAGAAAACUCAUACAGGGCAAAAUCCAAAGCUUUCAAGAUGCAGUCAAAGCAAGGAAAAGUAAUUUAAAGCACUAAAUGAUGAUUGAGAAAUUUCUGUAAUUACCAAUAAAUGUCUCAUUCAAAAGCAUAUAGAAACUUAUCACUUUGC